AUGUCGCACAAAGGCCACUCUGUGUUGACCAUUGAGUCAAUAGAGUCAAGUCAAGAGGUGCAACAGAGGCGGGGCUCAGUGACCAACUACUGCUACAGUGUCUGGUUCAACUUGAGACCUUACUUCUCUGUGGCCAACAACAAGCUUCCUUACAGAGUGUUCUCCUCCAUGGUACCGCCCUUGUUUUUCCCAGAAUUCCGGCGGGUUUACUCGGACAUGAAGGGUCCCACGUGUGUGGUGAUGACCCUGGCGUUGAUCCUGCUGUACGGUCUUCAUAGUCCACACAGGACUCUAGCAGGGGAGCUGCUGGUCACCGCCAAGCUCACUGUCGGAUAUUGGUUUUGUAUCUCCUUCGUAGCUUUCAUGUUGGGUUAUUUCUGUCAGACCAGCCUGACACCAUCCCAGUUGGUGUCCAUCACCGGCUACAGCCUCACGGGCCACUGUUUGGUUUUAUUAACGGCAGAGGUCCUGCACCAGGAGGACAGUCACAGCGCGUUCUUCUUCCUUACCACAGUGUUUGGGGGUCUGGCCACCGGUAGAAUGAACAUGAUUGUUCUGGCACGAACUCCUGGACCCGCCCAGAGGCUGCUCAUGUGCUCCACGCUGGCCAGUAUUCACCUCAUGCACUUGAUAUACAUCCACUUUGCUUGUAUGAGAAAUAAAUUUGACAUUUAGAUGCACUAAAGAGAGGACCAAUAGCCUCACCUUGAAGUGAAUGUUUUACAAGGAAUACGACCUUGAAUUACCAUAAUGAUAUUUAAUUAAUUUUGUACAUAAUAUAUAAUUAAAGAUGGCUUCAUACCAGCUGUUGUUAUAUUACUUUAUUAGAUGUGUUGGUUGAGAAAUGGACGAGUAAGAGACUAAGAAUACUAAUGGUGGUAGUUUAGGGAGUGGAGUGGCCAUGGUUACUACCCUUGUUGAAGAAACUGACAAACAGUUGACAAAACACAGAUAAGUGGCCGUAGCUCUCAGUGGAGGAUGGGGUUGAUAUAUACAGCUGUGGUCACUGUGGGUCAAUACUUAACAGAUAAGUAGUUGCCAUGUUUCUACUUUAGUUGGAAAAGUUAAUCGAGUUGUCGAGUUGGUCGCUGCUGACGUUUUUGCUAAUGAUUUAAGCAGAGGACCCAGAGAUGGUUGAAACAAGGAGUCCCAACCAAACCUAAUGACUACCAAGGAAUCUCAACUUAACCUACCAAUACAACCAUAUCACCAAACAAAACGGACUCGGUGGAUAAAACAAAAUCAAUAUAUGUUUAGAAAUUAACCAAAUCCAAGGAAAUAUUUAGUCAUUUAACCCCCUGAACUGACCAACAUGUUAGCCAAAUCAAGCAGUCAGUUUAGUCCAGCCUCCAAGAGGGACUCACUGAAUAAGAGCAAUGGUGUUUUAAAUGUGCAGCCUUCAUUUUUUACUAUGAUAAUAUAUGACGAAUUUAUUUAUAUACUUUUGGGUUGAUAUUAUUGUACAUGAUAUAAAAUUUUUAAUUAAAUGUUAAUUUUUACCUAUAUCAAAACUACUACUACAAGGGUUAAUAUAAUAUCACAUCACUGUACCUAUAAUACAGUGAGGGGUACAGUAUACUAUCUACAGGUGAUGAUGUGAAUACUGUAACAAUGAUGUAAAAAUAAUGAAGGGGUUACUCGCUGUAGUCAAUAUUAGUAAUUUAUACAUCUGUAAAAAGUUAUUAUUGUACUGAAUAAAGGGAGAGUUUU